AUGAAUCGGACGUUCUCGCUGCGCAGAAAAGUGAAAAAGUCGGAGAUCUCGACGCCCAGCAACUUUGAGCAUAGAAUACACGCCGGUUUUGAUUCGCGCACAGGCACUUAUACCGGUUUGCCGAAGGUGAGUGUCAGAAUCUGUUCAGAAAAUGGCAAUGCAAAUGAAUCUUACAGCAAUGGCAGGCACUUCUCGGACCGCCGCGAUCGAUUUCACGGCCCAAACCGAUGGUCGACCCGUCAUGCAUCACUCCCGUCGAUGUGGCCGAACUGAAAACCGUCAUACGUGGACCUUCUUCUAGGUGAAAAAAGUAAUUGUGUCUAGUUUACUCAUGUUUUCCUUUUACAGGUACAAUACCCCACUCCCCUUCGACAAAUCGGUAAACUCGACGCUCCCGAGUGUUGCGAGAAGCAACAGUCUUCGAAUAUCAGCUACUUCUUCACCAGUCGUCAAUGUUUCCGCCGCUCGACAGUCAUUCCGCCCGUCUCUUCCGCCCGUCAGCCAACGCGGAUAUCCAUUCAACGAUCCGAGCUAUGCUCCCUUGCCGCUCCGGAAUCAGAGACCGCCAACCGCGACCACAACGACGUUCGGAGUGGAAAGUCCGCGGCCAUCCCAUCAGAUCACGACGAUAGUGGCGGCGUCACCUUCGCGGACGGCGCCUCCGCAGAUUCAACAUCAGGCGAGACCCCCGGGUACUCCGACCACUCCUCGACAACCUCCAAAGUGUGCGGAAGGCGUUAGUGAUGAAGAAUUCCGAAACGCUCUGAAAUUCGUCGUGGACAGUGUUGAUCCACGUGCGGACCUCACAGAUUACAAGCAGAUCGGAGAAGGAUCGACGGGAGUUGUCGAGGCGGCGUUCAAAGUGUCCACCAAGCAGAUUGUGGCGGUGAAACGGAUGAAUUUGAAAAAGCAGCAGAGAAGAGAGCUUCUGUUUAAUGAAGUGUCGAUUCUCCGACAAUAUCAACAUCCGAACAUUGUUCGCUUCUUCUCUUCGCAUCUUGUCGGCGAGGAGUUGUGGGUUGUGAUGGAGUUUAUGGAGGGCGGAUCGCUGACGGACAUUGUGACGGCCACUCGGAUGACCGAACCGCAGAUCGCCACCAUUUCAAGACAAGUCCUCGAGGCUCUCGACUUUUUGCACGCCAGAAAAGUUAUUCAUCGGUACUCGAAACUUGUUUUUUGAAUAAUACCUUCCAUGAUCAAUAUUUUCCAGAGAUAUAAAAAGUGAUUCGAUCCUUUUGAAGCGCGACGGAACUGUCAAACUGACAGAUUUCGGGUUCUGUGGUCAGCUAUCCGAAGAAGUACCACGUCGGCGGUCCCUUGUGGGCACACCGUACUGGACGGCGGCCGAGGUGAUCGCCCGUGAACCGUACGAUACUCGCGCCGACAUCUGGUCGUUCGGAGUGAUGCUCAUCGAGAUGGUCGAAGGGGAACCGCCGUUCUUUAACGAUCAGCCGUUCCAGGCGAUGAAGAAGAUACGCGACGAGCCGGAAGCGAGAUUUAGUAGGCAUGCGAAAGUAAGCGAUCAGUUGUUCCCAUUUUGUUUACCGUUUUUUUUCCAGGUCUCUCCGGAACUUGCGGAUCUGCUCGCCCACUGCGUCGUCAAGGACGUCUCGCACCGCUGGUCCGCCCGAGAUCUCCUCCGCCAUACGUUCUUCGCAAAAGCCCAACAUUCGUCCGUGAUCGCUCCGCUCCUCCUUCAACUUCAGGGCAAUGCGAUGAACGGAAACGCCCACACUUCCUCCUCCCAAAUGUCUACAAUAAUACAGUAA